GUAAACUGUGCUAACUAGCUAACUACGCGUUAGCCACUGAACCGUUCAUACCAUCACGGAUUGACUGGUUAACCGUCAACAUGGCAAAGCAUAAAGCCUCUGAAAAAACAAAUAUAAUCGAAGAUGGUAAGUUGUUACUUCCAUAGCUAAUCCAUCGGUCCAAUAUUCUGUUGUACAUUCUAAACUAGCUAUAGCUAGCUGAUCCUUGUACAGUAUUCAGAUGGCAUGAUGCAUGCAACCAUAUAGACAUAGGCUACUUGAUAUUCACAUCAUUGGAUGCAAUAACACACAUCUCAUCAACCUGAGACAGGGGCACAUCUGUUCAGCACCAUCGAAGAGUGAUCAGCAAGUAAUGGGGCAUUCAUUUGUGUUAUAACUGUCAAGUGCUAGGUUUAAAACCACUGCAGUGCUGGGGUUGGCAUGGUUGGUACCAGGAUCAGAGUUCUUUCUGCUGGCAUGGUGCCAUUAGGGAGGCACUCUUACCUCUGGUCUAAGAACUCCAUGACCCAGGCACCCUGCCCUGGCACGGUGCUGUCCUUUAGUGAGACAAUCUGGAUUUACAAAUCCCAUGACACUUGUUGCUGGAGUAGGACGGCAUAUUGCCCCCCACACAUCCACAACAAAGUCCAACUCUUGUUGUUCUCCAAUAAUGGCAGCCAGACAGUUUGAAAAUAACUAUCAUCCAAAUAUUUACCGAUAUGUCUUAUUUCAUAGAUGAAGUCAGAGAAGAUGGAGAGGAGAUGAAUCCUUUCUCCUUCAAAGAGUUCAUCCGCAGUAAAAACCAGUACCCAGAUAUUAAAGGGGAUCCAGAUGAGAAGAAUUACUCACCGCGAAAGGUGCUGUACAUUUUAAAUUAACCAGUUUUACAUUAAACCCCAGAGAUGAACUGUUACAAAGCCUAUGCAUGAAAUUAGGUGUUAGGUCCUUGGAAAUAAAGUCACAGCAUAAUAUACAAGGCCUGUAAAGAUGGUCAGACUGUUUAGACUAUUACUUUUGGUGUAAUGUUGGUGUGAAGGUGGCUUACCUUACUGCUGCUUCUUGUGUUGUAGAAGGCAUAUGGGAGCACAUUUCCGGCAGAGGGGGAAUAUACUGCCCCGAAGAGCUUCGAUCAAGACUUCCAGGGUCACUUUUACAUGGACCCCACACCGUUUCCUCAGUCUCUGGAAAAUGAGACUAAAGAGGAGUGGGCUGGGAGUUACCAGCCAUCAGCCAUUGAGGAGGCACAUGAGUUUGGACUGUGUGGCACUGCAGCAGCAGACAGCAGCACAUACUCUGGUCAGUCCUCCCUGUGCACAGAGGAAGAAGAGGAGACUUCAUCCUCCCUAUGGCAGGUGGAUGAAGAAUUCUCACCAGAGGCCCGCCAGUCCAGGAGGGCCCCAGUGAAUUAUGAGGGAGAUGAUGAGACAUCAAUGGCAGAGCUCUCCUACAAGACCAAGAAGAGUAGUACCGAGAAUGGCAUUAGGGAUCAACAAAAGGUAAUUUUCCUCUCUCAAGGCUUUGCUUCCAGAUGCACACGUGUGAUUGGAUAUCACGUGGGAUUAGUCACAAGUCCUUUAUUUUGGGUAUUUCUGUUUCUCUUUUUAAGCUGAGGGAGGAAAAUGUGCUGCUCAGGAAGCACAUUAAAGAUCUUGUGAAGAAGUCUGAGUAUGAUGAUCAAAGGUAGGUGGAUAGAAGUGCCAGUUGAUAUGGUCUGCUGAGUACAGACCUACCUGGAGCAUAAGAGGGAUUUAAGGGAUGGUGUUAAAGCCUAUAUUAUGUUAUGGCAUGGCAGUAAUGCUUCGAAUAGUACUCUUUAGAUGUACAUUUAAGAUGUCAACUGUACUCAUAUGUUAAUGCUAUUUAAAGAGUGUUUAACCUAUGCUUAUCAUCAUGUUUCUCUGACUGCCCCAUAGAAUUCGACACGUCACAGAUGAGUUGCACAAGAGAAGAGUGCAGGAGGAGAGGGAGGCUCAGGCUUUAGAGACCAUGGUCCACUCCGUAGAGCAGAACCUGCAGUUAAUGACCGUACGCACCUGUCCCUCUUUCUCCUAGUUCAUCAGUUUCUCAAAGAUGAAGAAUCAUUUUUGUUCACUGAUCAUCUGAAAUAUGUCUCAAUAAGAUUACAAGCAAAUGUCAUGAUUAGUUACUAAACAGAAGCGUGUUGAGAUAUGAAGUCUUUUAUUUAUUAUUUAUUCAUUAUUUUGACCUUUUUCUUCUUGACAGAAACGAGCAGUUAAGGCUGAAAACAUUGUAUCAAAACUCAAACAGGAGCUGCAUCAAUUACAGGUUUGACCUUGACUGGUGUUACUGUUGUUACUGGAUGAUGAGCUCCAGUGACAUAUGAUUUCAUGAUGUGACGCUCUUUAUAUUACAGGGCCAAGUAGAGGGGUACCGGUAUGAGAAUGAGAGACUUCGAGCUGGAGAAACAGCUGCCUUAAAUACAAUGAAACAUAAUGCGCAAGUGGCCUCAGAGUACCUUAACAAAGCAGCACUCAAUGCAGAGACUUCCAUCAAGUGAGUUCUCUCCCAUAGUGUCAUCCACAUACAAGUGGGAAAAAACUGUCCCUCAUAUUGAUUGUGUGGGUAUUGGGUAAUGUGCAAUUUCAGUUCAUAGUGUUUUACAUUGUGGUAUUUUCUCCAAGUUCAGGCUAUCGGUUUGAUUCUGUCCACAGGCAAUUACUUACAGGAGCAGAGACUCUUUGUCUAGUAUCUCAACUGCUGCAGUCCAUCGACAACAUAUCUGAGAUUCACAAUGAAGGCUGA